UCCUCAUAUCCAUCAGCGGGACACUAUGCUGGUCAUUGGCUUGGUGAUAACUCGGCGACUUGGUAUGAUCUUAUAACGUCUGUCAUCGGUAUUCAAGAAUUCAAUAUUUUUGGUGUUCCAUAUAUUGGAGCUGAUAUUUGUGGUUUUCUUGACGACACCACGGAAGAGUUGUGUCUUCGCUGGCAACAGCUUGGAGCUUUCUAUCCAUUUUCAAGAAAUCAUAAUAACAAAGGCGCACUGCCACAACAUCCCACUAUGUGGCCUAGCGUUCAAGAAGCUACUCGUGAAGCGAAUUUGUUCAGAUAUGAGUACUUGCCAUAUCUUUAUCUGUUGCACUUCGAAGCAUCUCGAUCCGGCGGUACUGUGAUUCGCCCAAUUUUCUUCGAAUUUCCCAAUGAUGAUGCGGCUUACGAAAGCGAUCGAGAGUUNUACCGGUAA